GACAUUCGACUCGCCCGUACCGAGACCUCCGCCGUUUCAGAGCAUGCCCACAACACCGGACACAAGCCACUCUGGAACGAAGUAAAGUUUAUUGAUCGUGACCCUUAUUACUACACGCACAGGGUCAAAGAGGCAAUUCAUAUAAGACUUCACCCUAACAACAUCAACAGGGAUAGUGGAAUAGAAAUUCUAAAGCGUGGAUGCUCACAAUCAAAAAACACAACAACAGGAGAGCCGUGAGACAGCGGACCGCCGAAGGCGCAAAUCACUCAGUGAACAGCCAGGAUCGAAAUGCACUAAUCAGAGCUGUUGAAUAACAACUAAUCACAGCAGAGCAUCAUGCUUCAUGAGAUGACGCAUGACCAGUCGACCUCAUCGCCUAAAGAAGACUAGCAGUACGCAGUCCAAACGUGGCAAUCUACAUCACACGUGACUAGAUCGUGAGACAAACGACAAAGUUAUCUUUUAUUUUUAUUACCUUAAGUCAGUUUCUCGGUUGUUAAUAACAUCCCUUGAUUUAAACGCAGGCAAAUCUAAAAGAAUUCCGAAGGGCAGUUAUUUUUGCUUUUUUCCGAAUUUAGUUGCAUUAACUCUGAUAACGAUACUCUACAGGCCAUAUUAAAUUAGAUUCAAGCGUUUAAUAUAUCAUAUGUAACAGGUUUUUGUAGUGUAGUGGUUAUAACGUCCGCCUCACACGCGGAAGGUCGCAGGUUCGAGCCCUGCCAGAAACAUACUUUUAGAAAAACUUUGAAGCAAGAGAAUAAAUGCUUUAGUUUUACCUCGACAAAAAAUGUAACACAUUUCAGAUGUUUGUUCUUCCCUUCUGUUUAUUCAUUAUAGAAAUCUUCCCUUUCCACAUAUUUGCCUCUCUGAAUAUGGUGAGGCAGUAGUCAUACUAUUGUUCAGCUCAGGUUGUAGAAACAGAAAAAUGAAAUAAUGGAACAAGAAGCGUUAACAUAUAUAUGAUACGAUCAUACUCCAUCAUGGUUUGGUGACUUUUGAUAACAAUGGCUAAUUCUUUUUUUAAAGAAAUUAAACUCUCAAAAGAAACUCACGAAGACUCUUUAAGGCUCUUAAAGAAACUCUUAAAAAGUCGGUAAAGCAAGCUUAAAACGACAGAGAACGCCGGAAACCACAACGGACAGAAAAGAUGUGAGUAAAUUCUAUUGAUUUAACGUGUAAAAUGUUCAUAUUUCGAAAUAUUUAUCGUUGUAAAUCGACCAUAUUUCGUUCCCUAUGCUAAUCCUUAUAGCAUGUUUAAAUUAUCAACGGUUUCUCCGUAAGUUAACACCGAGUCACACAACAUGUAACGCUUACAUGAAUCAGUCGCUUGCUUUUUAUCGAGACGUGAGCUUGGGACGCCUUUGUUCAUGUGUAUCUGCACUCGAACUAUCUCAAGAAGCCUUGCAUCUCUCUGCUGUUUUUCUUUCCAUAUAUUAACUAGUUAAGUUAAAAAUUAACCAGGUGCUAAUCUUGAUUGGUCGAUGUGCUCUCGUGGGGAGUCUUAGUUCGCGGUAAAUUCAAACUAAAAAUAGACUUGUCUGUGAAAAUGCCAUGACAAAAAUAUAGAGCAGUUGAAGGCUCCAAGUAAUGGGCUCCUGACUCCUCUUAUGCCUGAGGAUACGCCCCAAGUUAAACAAGUGCUCAAUUAAACUUGAAAAAUGAUCCGAAAUGCGACGCUGAUCGAAAGUCCAGGAACGCCAGUCCAUCCAUGACAAAGUUAUGGCACACAGGUAUCAAUCCACCCGUUUUAGUAGAUCAAUAAUAAAAAUACCGUUUCUACACUGACCGGCCUGUUGGUCUAGUGGCAUGAACUUGCUUAGGGUGUGAGAGGUCCCGGGUUCGACUCCCGGACAGGCCCGGUUGUGGGCUCUUUUGGUCAAAACCAUUUGGAAGUUGUCAAACUUUGCCUGAAUAAUGUAAGGAAGUUGUAUUACCAUACGUUGUGUAAUUCAUAUGUAUUCAUUUCCUUGUUCUUCAAGAGCCCUAAACAUUCGCGUUUUUUCUUUUUUCAAUGAAAGCUUUCGUGUAUUUUAGUUAUGAAAAUAUUUCCUAUCGAUGACUCGCCUUAUGCUUCUGAAAGACAGGAAAUGGCUGAACACAGGAGGUGAAAUGUCUUUUGUAAAUCAAAAUCAAUUUCCAUGCAUCUUACUUUUUUUUCGGUGAGCUCAAGGAUCAGUUAUUGUCUAUGAGGGAGGGGGGGGGAGGGGCAGAGAAUAUUUGAGGAUCAUAUGGUUUUUAGGGAGGGCGGAGGGUGGAUUAGAAAGGCUGUAUUCCGGGUUGUGGUUUCUGGUUAAAUGCGUAUCUCCGCACUUAAGGACAACAAGUUAAAAUGCAGCGGCGGGGUCCAGUUUUGACGCCAACUGUUGUUUUAACAUCAAACAUGUCAAAAUUAAGUCUAUGCAUUUCAGGGGCUAGAGAUAAUAGCAGGGUAGUUUCUGUAGUGUAGUGGUUAUAACAUCCGCCUAACAUGCGGAAGGUCGCAUAGUUCGAGCCCUGCCAGACACAUAGUGAAUACCUUUUGUAGUCACCUUUUGUCCUUCUUUUAUAAAGGCUUAUUAUGUCGCAAUGCGUGGCUCAUUUUUUCUUACGCUUUGUUUUAACGUAGGAUAUCUCUCAGCAGAUUAAGCAAUAUAUAUAAUCUAUGUUAUCGUUUAUUUUGUUUUAGCUUUAGUUAUCUUAAAAAGUUCUACGUUUUUGAAACAUCGAGACUUAGUGGCUUGCGUGGUUGCUUAUAUUUCCUGUUGGACAACAUGGUUGUGACAGCCCAAAAGCACACGACAAGGGUACAUUGUCCAUGCACAGAUAUUUGACUGCUGUGUGCUCUGUUUUACUCUGGUUUGAGUGCAAGCAUAAUUAUGAGCCAGAAUCUGUUACGUCACCGGUCAGCGGACAGACUACUGAGCAAUAAUCAAAAUGGCCAGGUCUUUUGUUAUACUCAUUAUAAGUGUAAGCAUUACUCAUCUUUAAGCGAACUUCGAAUAACAAUACAAUCUUAGGCGUGAAUUGCCUCCUACAUAAAGAGGACAAAACUUAAGAGAUGAAGCUGUGAUCUUCUGCGUGUUUGAUGUAUGUAAUAAUAAGGGAAUUAUCCGAUUCCAGACAACAAACUUGGACUGAGACAGAAUUAAGGAAAUCAGUGCGUUCGCUAAAAAAACACUUAAAAUGAUUUAAUUCCUACAGAGGGCAUCCUCUUCAGCCAGGUUAGUCUUGGCAACAGAAAGGACUAAAGACGUAUCACAUAUUAAUAAUUCCACUUAUUCACAAAAUAGUAUUUGCAUCACAUAUAGUGUGACAUCCUCGGUAGUAUAGUGGUGAGUAUCCCCGCCUGUCACGCGGGAGACCGGGGUUCGAUUCCCCGCCGGGGAGACGCGACCGCUUUUGUGCAUAACCAUAUUUUCCAAAUAUCAACUUUUCCCUACAGGCUAAAAGUUUUGAAAUUAGUUUUCUUUAAUUCCGAAAUCAACUCGUUUUUUCAUGAACAUAAGGAAGCGAUAACAAACAGUGAGCUACACUAGAGGAACUACAAAAGCUUGAUACGCGGAAGGUUGCGGGUUCGAGCCAUGCCAUGGAGUAAAUUUGAUCCAGGUUCUGCUAUCGAUCGGAUUCCUUUUGAGCUGAUAGAGAGAGGGUUUAAAGCUGUUUAUGUAAUAAAAAAAUUGUUCUUCGUCCUAUUAAGUUUCCCUCAGAGAAAGAUGUUUUUCUUUUGUCUUGUCUCAAGCUUAGGAAAACGGAAAAGUUCUGAGUCCUCAUGAGAAGCUAAACCUUAGAUCUUCGGAUUCCGCCCUCCAAUUCUCUAGCCCUGAGCCACAAUGACACAACGCUGCACUGGGUCAUCGCUAGGUCUGCAUGUGACAUGUGUCCUGCAUACUGCUAAGAUUAACAAUGUCGAAAGGGUCCUGUGUGUAAAUAGAAUAAGAAAGAUAGUAAAUACUAAGUUUGGUGGUGAGAUGGAGAAAUUUGUUUUUUUUUUAGCUUUUGGACAAAGGGAAAGUUCUGAGUAACCUUGAGGAAUUGAGUUUCCCUUGUUUAAGCUCGGCUACUUGCCACUAGUUUUCUGUUGCCUUGUGUUUGAGAAGAUUCAGGCAGUUGUUGUUGUUUUUUUUAACUCGAUGUUGAACGUUUGUGAUUUUCUGUUUUUUUCUGACGCAGUGAGCUUUAUUUCGGUCUUCAUUAUUUUCGAACCACUCUUGUUACCAGUGUUUUUGGACACAGGAAACGGGACAAUUUAUGAAAGUAUAUUGGAUAAAAUUAUGACAAAAAGAAAAACGAAAGGCACGGGUGGGAUUUGAACCCAUGACGUCCUGUUUACUAGACAGGCGCGCUAACCACCUGAGCUAGAAGGGUUAAUUCUUGAGAUGGAGCCGGCCAAACAGCUAAGAAGUUUUCUGUGCGUAUGACAAAAAACCGAGGAAUGCGAGGCUGAUAUAGCAAGGCAAUGAUAUAAAAAUGUCUUAAUUCUGUUUGGACAUACUUGCUAAAAGCUGCCUUCAAAACGUGAGUGGCAACUGGUGCUUGUCGUUGUUGGAUGAUAGAGAGCUUCAUACAGUUCUUAAACCCAAAACACAGUCCAGGGAUCAUUACUUCAGUUAUGGCAAAGGCAGCGAAAAAAUUGAGGAAUGUAGUUUACAACCGUCUGUAAACUUCAAGGUAUCAUACACCUAAACAAAUUACGAACAAAAUACGAAACUGUGGUAAUGUUCUGACCCCCUAUUGAUACUAACAACCUAUCCCAGAGUGAACUACUCGAAAGCCGCGGUGGAACUGGGAUUAGAUGAAACUUUUAUGAUGAACGAUUUCCCUCCUUUGCUAUCGAUUAAUACUGAAAAUUGAUAAUUAUAAAACUGGUACAUUGAUCAUUUUUCUAAAGACUCUAAACAUCUAAGAUUUAGCAAACACAAUCUACUCCUUAAUGGUAACACACAUUCGGUCGUCUCCGUGGCGCAAUCGGUUAGCGCGUUCGGCUGUUAACCGAAAGGUUGGUGGUUCAAGCCCACCCGGGGACGAUAUUUUACACCUCAGCCAACCCUUUUGUUUUCUUGUUGCAUGUUUUAUAUGGCCCAUUUCUCGGAAAAAAUUUAACCGUUCUGUUAGCUGUAACAGAGUUACUAGCUGUGGCACUCAGGUGCUCACGUGUUGGAAAUCAAGUGCAGUCACGCCUUUACCAUUAAGCCGAAAAAGACAAAAGUAGACUGGAAUACUCCAGUUUUCAUAAUUUGAAGGCUGGGCUUCAUUUCCUAUCUGUCUUCAUUAUUUGUCCUUUAGUGUGAGAUGUACGCACCAUCACUGUCAUUUGUUUGAAGAAGCUUGUUUCAUUGGUGAAAUUGAUGGUGGAGCAGUGGUGACUUAUUUGCGGGUUUCUGCCUGACAUUGAGGUUGGCUCGCACAGCUCCUCUUUCAAAUGCAACUACCUUACCAGGAGCUAGGUAAACUUUCAGAAGCCGUUCGCUGUGAUAAUACUUCCUGUAAUGUACACUCCUUGUAAACCGACUGAGGUUGUCAUUUAGACUUGAACAAUUUUCCGAAGUGCGACCAGGAUCAAAACACCAGUAACUCUAGUCUGUUCAUGACGCAGGUGUUAAUCCACCCGCUUUAAUAAGAGCAAUGAAAAAAAUACCCUUCCUAAACCAUAUUUGACAUCUCCGGCCUGUUGGUCUAGUGGCAUGAUUCUUGCUUUGGGUGCGAGAGGUCCCGGGUUCGACUCCCGGACAGGGCCUAUAGUCCCUCCAGAAAUUAACAGACCAGAGAGUCAAACUUCCGUUGGAUAAAUUUAUGACGACGGCAAUACCAUAAAAGAUAGAUCUCAUUUUGUUUUCCGUUUCUGGUUCCUCACAAGCCCUUAACGUACCACUGAAUUUUGUUUUUUCAAGGAGAGCUCCCAUUACUUCUGUUUUUUUUUCUGUUAAGAGUACCAAACUUGGAACAUUAUCUUAAUUCAUUUCGUUGAAAAGGUUGUGGUUAUUCAUCGUGUUUUUCGUUUGUCUCACGACGUAGUCACGUGUGAUGUAGAUCGCGGCGUUUCGACUGCAUACUGCUUGUCUUCUUCAGGCAAAACCAAACAACAGUGCCGAACCCGCCAACGAGUUACUACUACUGCGGUUUUGCCUUAUGUCAAAGGUCUGUCCUAACAGCUUCGUCGUUGCCUACAACAACAAGGCGUACGCGCUGUUUUCAAGUCUGAGACUACGCUAAGAUCUCAGUUAGUACGACCGAAAGAUGCUGUCGACCCGGCUAAACAAGAUGGCGUAGUUUAUAGGAUUCCCUGUAAAUGCGGCAAGGUGUACAUCGGAGAGACUGAAAGACCUAUGCAAGACAGAAUUAAGGAGACAUUCGACUCGCCCGUGUAACACCGGUCUCAAGCCGCUCUGGAACAAAGUAAAGUUUAUUGAUCGUGACCCUUAUUACUAGACGCGCAGGGUCAAAGAGGCAAUUCAUGUAAGACUUCACCCUAACAACAUCAGCAGGGAUAGUGGAAUAGAAAUUCCAGAAGCGUGGAUGCCCACGACAAAA